AUGAAAAGCAACGCUAGACAACGUUUCUUCUGGCCAGGUAUGAACUCGGACAUUCAAAACAAACGUCUCAACUGCCGAAGAUGCAACGAGAUCGCCCCAUCACAAUCGAAAAAACCAGCCGAACAGCCACCUCAACCGUCCUACCCGUUUCAGCUAGCCGUUACGGACAUCUUUCAUAUGGCAGGGCAAAGAUACCUGAUUUACGCUGACCGCUUCUCUGGUUGGACCGAAGCCGCCUGUCUACGAGCCUCAUCGAAUGCAGCAACCGUCAAAAACAUUCUGCGUCGAUACUUCAGCACCUUCGGUAUCCCAGAAGAAAUUGCAUCCGAUGGAGGUCCGCCAUACGAAUCAAACGAGUUCACAGAUUAUCGUCACCAUACCUACCGGAAAGUAACGGAAGAGCCGAGGUAG